UUCUUUGCAACAAUGAACCCUAAGGUCUUCUUCGACAUGACCAUCGGAGGCCAACCAGCGGGGCGCAUAGUGAUGGAGUUGUUCGCCGACACAACUCCACGAACCGCUGAGAACUUUCGAGCGCUUUGCACCGGCGAGAAGGGCGUGGGGCGGAGCGGGAAGCCCCUCCACUACAAGGGCUCCACAUUCCACCGCGUGAUCCCCAACUUCAUGUGCCAAGGCGGGGACUUCACCGCGGGGAACGGCACCGGCGGCGAGUCCAUCUACGGGUCGAAGUUCGCCGACGAGAACUUCAUCAUGAAGCACACAGGGCCCGGCAUUCUUUCGAUGGCAAACGCAGGACCAGGAACCAAUGGAUCUCAGUUCUUCAUUUGCACCGCCAAGACGGAGUGGCUGGACGGCAAGCACGUGGUGUUCGGCAAGGUGGUCGAGGGUCUUGACGUCGUCAAGGAUGUCGAGAAGGUGGGUUCCAGCUCCGGCAAGACCUCCAAGCCCGUCGUUGUUGCUGACUGUGGACAACUCUCUUAGACUUUCUCCUUUUCAUCUGCUUUUUUUUUCACUCAUGUUGCUCUCAAAUCUCAAUCCUUCGUGUUGAGAUCUUUCUUUUUCUCAUUUACUUUCGGAUUUCUAUGCUCGACUCUUGUUAUCAUAAAACUCAUGCUACUUUAAUAAAAUUAGGGUUAAUUAAUUGUUAA